CAUGCUAAUUGACUGUUCCUCAAACAACCAUUGUUGCCUGUUGCUCUGUAAGAUUCUGCGAUUCUGUCGCUGACCAUUUUGAUGGUGCUUUCCACCAUCUCCUCCUGUGUCCUCCUCCUGACCCUGCUAGUCCAGGAAGAGGGAUAAUCAUUCUGUGAACGAGUCAGUUCCACUAUUGUGAGACUACUUCGCUAGGGUUUCUACGAUUCCCCUGAGCAUUAGCUCCUCUCUGCGACAAAUUCUAUCCCAGCAGUUAGUUUCUUUGGCUCCCCGACUGCUACGGUACCUCCUCGUGACGCAAGCAUAUCAGUCUCUCGAGCUAGGGUUCACAUUAGAGCGAAUUUCUUCCUUCAGUAAUGGCUUCCACGGGGAAGAAUACGAGGAUGGUUUUAGCUCAGAAGCCGAUGUAUCUAUUGAGACAGGUUCUUAAAGACAUAUGCCUACAGAACGGCUGGACGUACUCGGUGUUCUGGAGGUUGAAACGGCGCGCUGUACCUCGCACACAGCAGAGUGUGCCGUCAAGAGGAAAUCGCAUUAUGAAACGCCAAGAAGAUGAUGAGUGGGUUCUGAUGUGGGAGGACGGGUAUCUCGUUCCGCAAGCCGUGCUGAAGAAGCUCGACGCUCAGAUGGAGCGGCUAAGGGACGCUGCUGUAGGCGGCGCUGCUGGCUGCAGCGCUCAGAUCCCCGCGCUGGAGCAGCUCUCGUACGACUGGAAGCAGCUGCACGCCAGCUUCCUCCGGUUCUCAUACCAGAUCUACAACUACGGCGAAGGGUUGAUGGGGCAGGCUGUGUCAGCGGAGGCAGCUGAGUGGGUGUACAACGACUCCAAGUACUAUCGCGCAGAUGCCCUCGACUCCGUGCAGAACCAACACCCGCCUGGAUGGGAUGAGCAUUUCGCGUCAGGCAUCAAGACUAUCGCUGUGAUUCCAGUUCCUGGUGGAGCCGUACAGAUCGGUUCCGUUCUCCCGGUGAAAGAGGAUCCGUCUGUGUCCAAGCUUCUCCGAGAGAAGUUUGAGCAAUUGCAAAAGAUCCCAGGGGUCUUCCUUCCAGACUUCAUCCCAGAAACAUCGUCUUCACCUGCAACCAUCUCCGACUCCAUGCCGGCCUCCAUGUCCUUCAAUGCCAUGCAGUCCACCGCCCUUGCUCCCCUCAGCACAUCGCAACCCAUGACCAGUCUUGCUGGUUCGGCCCCAAUGCAAACUCAAGGGACGGAUAAAUCUGCACUGCUUCCAUGGAUAUUGAACUGGAAUGGAUUCGUCUAAGUUACUUAUAUGCCUGGGGGGGUGUCCAACCAAGGCGAUCUGCUACACAGAUUCCUUGGUUGUCUCCACCACUGUUUAGUUCAUUUUAUGCCUUGUCCAUAAUUGGACUUGAAUAAACAUGUAAAUCGCUAGGUAUGAGAGGGUGGCAUAUUGUUUUGUAAUGCUUCUCUAUUAUCUAAUAAGCUCUACAAGCAAUU